AUGAAGGCCUUCGCGGAGGCAGGGCAGAAGGUGGUUGAGCGGUCCAACUCGCGAGAAAACACCACCGUGGUCACCACCAUCGGCGCCAAUGGUGCCACGUGGGCGCCAACCAUUAUCUUCAAAGGACAGCGACUCCAGCCUGACUGGUUCACCGAGAGGAACGGCUCGAAGGAUGCGAGGUACACGUGCACAGACUCUUCGUUCAUGCAGGGCGACGUGUUCAUCAAGUACUUCAAGGACUUCCACCAGCAGCUUGACGACCGAGGCUUGCUCGACGGAAAGCCGCACAUCCUCGUGCUUGAUGGGCAUGCCUCACACGUGAGCUGCGAGGGCACGACGAAGAGGAAAGAGGGCCCGACCGGGCGCCCACCCCUAGAGGAUGUCCCCAUCGCCAUGACCCACGAGCAGCUGGAAGAGGCCAUUGGAGAGAGGGGCAGGAGGCAGUUGAAGGCGGGAGGGCAUGUCAUAACCGGACUCAAGGUAGGCACGGUGAUGCUCGGCGGUCUCCUGACUCAGAGGAAGCGCGCCAAGAAACUGGCGACCUCGCGGGGCUCUUUCGGCCUUCCCGACGGAGGCAACAUCACCUCGGAAGAAGUCCUGGCAAAGGCUGACGCGAAAGAACGCGCAGACAAGACAGAGGCCGAGACGAAAGUGGAGAGGGGCAGGGAGCGCGCAAGGAAGAAAAAGGAGGCGGCGGCGGCGGCGGCGGCGGCGGCGGUGGCGGCGGUGGCGCGGGCACGGCAGGCGAACACGGGGGGUCGAGGACGGGGUCAUUUUUGA